UUGUCUGGCCACACUGGUAGAAAUCAGUUCAAGUCGUCGCGUCGCGCAUAGAAAAACAACAACAAUAAUAAAGGAAAAACAACUAAAGAAAAAGAAAAAAAAAUUAGAUAGCUACAACAAAAGAAAAUUAGAUGAACAACAAAUCGAGUUGAGUGAAAGAAUUUUUUUAGAUUACAAUUAGACAUUUCCCUUGUCAUCGCUCGAGUUACAUUUCCUCCUUGUCAGUUGCUGCAACAGCAGCAGCAGCAAACGUCGCCGUCGUCGUCGCCGUCGCAGUCGCCGUCUUCGUCAUCGUGAACGUCGUGUCAUCCGUUUUUUAGUUUGUCCAUUGUCCAGUGGAGCCUCGUGUUUCCAAUAUCAAUUACAGGGGUUCCCCACCCCAGCUCACGACCCGCCCCGCCCCGCCACACUCCGUCAUUAAACAAAUACAAAAUCCAAGUGUAAAAAAAUACCGUAGUAAAGAAAACUUUCCCAAACAAAAACGGUCACAAAUUCCAACACCAUAAACAGUCCGCUUCAAAAUCUCCCUUUUCCCAAAUCCCACCGUCGCACAACCCAUUCCUAUUCCCCUCCUCCCUCUCCACCACCGUGACACUGUGCGGCUAUAGAUACGGCGCGUGUUCUUUCUAUAGAGAUGCCGUAUAGGCCACUAUGGGUUCGCAGACCUUGGAAAUACUGCGCCAAGGCGUGUGGGCCUCACUGACCGGCGGCUAUUUUUAUGAUCCGCAUCAGGGUGUCUUCUGCAAUGUGGUACAUUUGUAUCUCUGGCUCUAUUUGCUCUGUUCGCCAUUUGUUGCAUAUCUGUAUUUUCCAAGCACUUGGCUGACAUGGUUUGUGUAUUGCUUUGUCACCAGCCUCACCAUUCUGAUGGUGAAGGUGGCCAAUUUGGCUCUCCAUCGGCUCUACGACAGAGCGCAGACCAUGUCCGAGGUGAAUCUAAAGAGUCAGUUCUUCAAGGUCACCAAGGAGACAGAAACACGUCAUGGCCAUGGCCAUGGCCAUCAUGACGAUGAAGGCGGCAUUGAGAUGAAGGUCAUACGGCCAGGUGGGUCGCGCAUUUCCGUAGAGCAGGCAAUCAAUGAAGCGAGUGAGGAGAAUAGCAUAAUGUCCAUUGACAAUGUGAACAGUAUAAUUGAUCUUAAGGUCGAUGUGCAUCGGAAGAACAGCUCAGAGUCCAUUGAGCUAAUGUUUUAUGCUCCAUCCAUUCUAUCCGGUGGCAGCCAGCAAGAUCAGCAAUCUCUGGCCGGUUCGGCCAGUGUUACCAAGUCGAUAAGGAGUAGCAGUGCCAGUGGUGCUAUGGCUGCCGCAUCCCAAGGAUGUGCCGCCGGUGAUGUGUUUAGUAAAUAUCUCACUGUCUAUCCGGAGGUGGUGGAAGCAGCAGCUAGCAGUGGGACAAGUGCCGAUGGCGGUAGUAGUGGUGGCUCAGCCGGCGGCGGUGGGGGAGGAGGCGGUGCAAUGCCAUCAACUGUGGCAACAAAUGCAGUUGCAGGUGGAGGAGCAAGUUCUACACGUACGGGUCAUUUGUCUCGCAAAUGCUCCGAGGUCUUUAGCCGUCGCCAUCGACGUCGCCUGGAACGUCAAAGUAGUCUGGACACAGCAGCCGCCUCCCACUUGUCCACGGAACACAAACUGAUGCGUAAUCAGUCGGACACAAUUGCCACAGGAACUGGUUCGGUAUCAGCGACGGCGGUGGCUCCUUCAUUCCUGCAUUCACAGCCAUGCAAGAUGACUCGGGGUCAGGUGAAUGUCAAUAAUUCCCGACAGCAUUUCAUACCCUUAAAUAACGCCGCGGCAAAUGGCGGUGAUGCGUUGAGUAGCGGCAGCUCCUCUGGCGUAGUUGUUAUUGCACCAUCACAUGCAACAGCAACCGGAUCUGGGAAUCGUUCGUCACGUUUGCAACGCCACCGUAGCUCCGAGACGCAUGAGGAGCGGCUGAAGCAUCAAAAUGGCUUGGGACUCUUUCAGCCCAUCCUUCAGCCCAGCAGCAUUAGUACUCUGGCCGUGAUUGGAGGCGGCGGCAGCUGCAGCAGAACUGGAGGUGGCGCAGAUGGCGGCAAUGCUAACGAAUUGGAUGAUCUGGAAUUGGGUUUGGUACGCAAUUCAGCAGGUAGCGGGGGCGUGGCAAGUGCAUUACAAUCAUGGAUAUUGGAUUCUUCAUCGGAUGUCUAUCUGGAGGAUGACAGCUAUACCAAAUCGGAUUUGGGCAUCGAACAGCCAUCGUCGCAUACGUCGGCGCCUUUUCGUGCCCAGCAUCAUCACCACCACCAUCACCAUCAUCAUCACCUGCAUCAUCAUCAUUUAGGAGGAGCCAUAAUCCGCAAGGAUCCCACCAGUACAAUGUCGGCAUUGCAAUUGGCCGGGGCCAGUGGUGGUGGAGGUGGAGACGGCGGAGGACUGGGUGGUGGUUCUGGCGAUGCCGGCAGCAUGAUCAAUGGCUCUGGAGGAGCCGGUGGACGGGGAGCAUCUGGUGGUGGCACGACUGGUAUCAAGCGACGAAGACAUUCCAAUGCCACCAGUUAUCAUCAUAAGCACAGUGGGCAGGGCUCCAAAUCAUCAGGUCUCAUGUCCACCGGCAGCGGUGUUGGAGGAAUGGGUGGCGCAUCAUCUGGUGGGGUUAGGCGCAUCAAGAGUGCCGCCCUGGAAGUUAUGUGUCCCCAAGCAUCUGUAUCAAAUCUCAGCCCGCACCCGAACAGUGUCGAGGCCAUAUCGGGUCAGCAACAAUUGCGAAAUCCUCUGCCACCGCCCAGUAAAAGUCUUGUACGUAAUCAGCAUCUUAAUCUCUAUCCCGCCCAGAAUUAUGGUGAUCCGUCAGGAGGAAUGGCAUCAGCGACUGGUGUGGGAGUGGGCGUCGGAGGAGGCAGCACAUGCAGUAGUCUAAUCUUUGGCAGCUCCAGUGCUUGUGGGUCGACAACAGCCCUAAUCGAGGAGCAGCCAGUGUAUCCCAUUGUUGAGCAUUCGGAGCACAAUGGCAACGAUAAGGAGAACGGUAGCAGCAGACCAGUAGACAUUGCCAGAUCUGCGGUCAACGAGCAUGCCGACGAUGAUGAUGAAGUGGACGAUGUACCGCUCCGCCGUCGACCACGGGCAUUGGGUUGCAGUCAGACACAUCGCAGCGCCGAAUCUGAUGUGGGUGGACUACUUGCCGAUGACGAUGAUGAUGUCUUUAAGGAUUUCGAUGAUAAUCUUGAGCAUAUACUCAGCGAAUUGCAGCAGACCCAUAGCCAACUGGACGAUGUCCUUAAGACCUGUGAUCAAGUUGGGGCUGGUGCGACUGGAGCAGCAAAUGCUGCUGCUGCUGGUGGUGAUGAUGAUGACGAUGAGACCGACAAUAAUACGGGUUCUCGAUCGCCCCUGCUUAGUGGUAGCCAUCGGCAGCAGGCAACAUUGCGGGAAAUUACCGCCGAUAAAUUACUCCGCCAGGAGCUGAGUCAGCCUAGCUGGUCGGCACAAUCUGGAGCUGAAGUACCACCGCCACCACCACCACGACAACCACCGCCGCCACCACCACCACUGCCACUGCCACCACUACCACCAUUGGCCAUACGUAGUGAAGCCGAUUCCGGUUGUCCAUCCAGUGAUUGCGAACAGGUGAGUGCCAGCUCCAAGGAUCAACUCUUGGCCGGCGCCUCAUCGAUGGAAUCCAAAUCGAAUCUGGACGAAGAGCAGCCAUGCUCUUCGAAAAUGGCAGCCAAAAGUCUGGGAGCCAUACCCAAGGUGGUCAAAUAUCGCGAAGUGGAUGAACUGCGUCGACGACGCACUGCAGGCUCAUCAACAGAAGUGGAAGCUAUGCCGCCGCCUGGUCAUGAGUUUGCACUGGUUAAGCAAUCGCUAUCCAAAUUAGCCUCACGCAAUUCUUCCUCCUCCAAUUCAACGCAUAGCAUUAGUCUGACGGAUAGCCUAACAGCUGAUAUACAUAAGAUGAUUUGGCUAAUGCAUGGCGGGGCGGUGGACGAUAGGGGACGACCGAUAGCUGGCAUUGCCGCAGAUGGUACACCCAUACCGGCCAAUCCUGGCAUUGUGCCUCCCAAUAUGUCCAGUGCCCACUUUCAGUUCUAUCAGGAUGCCAUUCAGGCAAUGCAAAACAAUUAUCCCGCCUCCAGUUCCAGUGUGGAGCAUAUGACGCAUAUUGAACGAGCCAUGGCCCGCGAUAAAUUUCGUCUAGAUGCGAAACUAAUGUGCGAGCAAUUGGCGGCAGCAACUGAAGCUCAGGUUCAAGCUCAAGCGCACUUGCAGACUUCCAAUUCUGCCCAGCAGCAGCAGCAGCAGCAGGCGGCUCUUAGUCUGCUAAUGGGUGGCGGAGGAGGAGGAGGUAGCAGCAGCAGCAGCUCUCGUCCCCCUAAUACGGCUCUGUCAUUGCAGGGUCUAAUGAAUGUGAUACGUAGCGAAAGGCAAGUGCCACGUAAUAAUCUGGAAACACUGCAGCAGAUUAGCGAUAAUGCAGCCAAUGGUGGUCCUGGUGGUGGUGGUGGUAUUGGUGGUAUUGGAAUGGUGCCAGGCAAUGCAAGUGAUGGCGGCAUGGGCGGAACAACUGUGACAUCUGGAGUAGGUGGAGCCAGCAGCAGUUUGGGCCUACCCACAAAUCCCAGUCAGCAACAGAUAAGCCAAAUCAGUCAAAUUAGUCAACCCAUGUUGAAUGUGGAUGGGCAUUUUGCCCCAUACUGUGAUUACUGGCGUCCCGCGUGUCAUUUGUCUGCCGAGAAACCAUCCAUACCCAAGAGUUUCUACAAGUAUCGUUUCAAGUGGUGCGGUCAGGAGCAUGAGUUUAAAAUAGCCAUGGAUCGUCUGGAAUUGUUGGCCCUCUUCGAUCGUGAUCUACACUGGGUGCAUGUUGUUUUGGCCGGCCUGCUGUGCACUCUGGUGGCAUUCCUGGGGGCGGCAAUUCUUCAGCAUAAUCAUUACAAGGAUCUGUGUGCUCUGCUCUUUUGUGCGGUUAUUGCCGGGGCUCAGUAUUCGUUGGUUAAGAGUGUUCAACCGGAUGCAGCCAGUCCGGUGCAUGGAUUUAACAAAACGGUGGCCUAUUCGCGUGCAAUUUACUUUUGCCUCAGUGGUGGGAUCCUUCUGCUGUUAAAACGUCUCGAUACGGACUACAGAGAGAGACCGCCGGAACGUUUGUUAUUCUUUGGCAUUAGCUAUUCACCCGAUGAGGUGGUGGCUCAUCUUUUGGAAGCUUUAUACAUACUCCUACUAUGCUUUCCCAUUGUCUUUUCGGUGGGCUUGUGUCCACAAAUUAAUACGUUCCUUAUGUACCUGCUGGAGCAGAUUGAUAUGCAUGUGUUUGGUGGAAAUGCAGCUAGCAGUCUUCUGGGCUCCUUUCUCUGCGUUAUACGUUCUAUACUGGCUGUGAUGCUGCUCUAUGGACCUUUGUAUGGAGCCCUGGACGAGCAUAGAGGCACUCAGUUUAUAUUAUUCUCUAUAUUCUGUUCCAUGCUCAUACCAUUGGGCUAUCAUUUAUCACGCUCGGCCAGCGAUUUAAGUCAUUUGUGGCGUCUGAUCAAGACAUGUAUUGUGAGUACGUAUCGGGAUGAGGACGAUGAUGAUCUCAGCCAGAGGCAGGAUCAGCAGGCAGCAGCAGCAGGAGUUAAUCUACAAUUGGUCCCCAGUAGCAGCAGAUCAAAGCAAAAGCAGGAGCAGCAACAGCAAUCAGAGCAUAUUGAGCUAAGCUCAAUGAAUAAAUUAGAAUCUGGGGAUGGUGAACAGGAUCAGGAAUUGGAGCCAAAGCAUAGCAAAUCGAAGGCAUCUUCCUUGGGUAGUAGCCAGACAUUGGGCAAGACAUUAAGCAGCAGUAAAAGAGCUAUUACCGCCUCCAGUUCGUAUGCCUCGAUUGAUCAGCAGCAGCAGCAGCAGCAGCAUCAACAGCAAUCAGUGGAACACAUUGUCAAGGAGCAGCCCGUGAACGAUGAUGUUGAGACAAAGGUCAACAAUUCGGAAACGGAAGUGGCCGAUGAUGAUGGCGAACCGGAUGCUGGUGAACACGAUAAUGGAGCAGAGGACAAUGUGUCCAAUUCCUCUGCUACAAAUCCAGGUGAUAUGUCCACAUUGACAGCUGGUGCUGGUACAGCCACUACAGAUGCCACUCCCGCUGGACUUGAUGGCCUUGAUAUUACUGAUGGUGGUGAUAUACUUGCUCAAACGGAUAAGCCACCGCUAUUGGCAACUGUCCCGGCCUCAGCCCCAUGCCCGUUGCGGUCAACUAGCGCUAGCGAUAGCACAACAGAUAGCAGCAAUGAUGGCAGCACUGCUAGCACCAGCAGCAGUGAUCUACCCGAUCCCUUGCCACGAAAACUUCAGGCCACCGUGACGACACGACUGAAAAACGAUCUCGUUGUAAUGACUCUACUCGGUGUCUGUGUUCUCGGCCUGCAUUGCAGCACCGUGUUCACAGUUCUUCAGCCCGAUCUCAAUGUCGUCCUGUAUGCCUUUAUCGGUGCCUUGGGCUUUCUGCUGCACUAUGCCGUGCCACAAAUGCGUAAACAUAUGCCAUGGCUUUGCUUUGCUCGUCCCCUGCUGCGGCAAAAGGAAUUUGGCCAGUUCGAGGUGCUGAAUGCCCCGCAAAUAAUGUGGUUUGAGAAAUUCUACAUAUAUUUGAGUGUCUUGGAGCGAAACGUUUUAUUUCCUUUGUUGGCCAUCUCAUCCCUGACAGCUGAUUCACAAUUGAUAGCGGAUAAAUUUGGUGUACCAUGGGGUACUCUGAUUGUUACCGUGUGUGCUCUGAAAUUUGUACGCAAUGCCUAUUCGGAUCCAACGAAUCAAUAUUUGAUAAUUAUCUUUACGGUUUUAAUAUUUCGCAUUGAUUUUGCCAUGGCCACGGAAACCUUUAUCAUUGACUAUUUCUUUGUAUCCCUAGCCUUUCGAAAAUGCUGUGAUUUCCUUUUAAAGCUCCAAUUCAUUGUGACGUAUAUUGCCCCUUGGCAGAUCACUUGGGGAUCAGCCUUUCAUGCCUUUGCUCAGCCGUUUAGUGUGCCUCAUUCGGCCAUGUUGUUCCUGCAGGCAGGCAUAUCGGCAUUAUUGUCGACACCAUUGAAUCCAUUUCUGGGCAGUGCUAUCUUUCUCACAUCGUAUGUGCGUCCCAUUAAAUUCUGGGAGCGAGAUUACAAUACACGCCGCAUCGAUCAUUCAAAUACUAGACUUAGUUCCCAAUUGGAGCGAGAUCUUGGGGCGGAUGAUAAUAAUUUGAAUAGCAUAUUCUAUGAGCAUCUAACACGAUCUCUGCAGCAUUCGCUGUGUGGUGAUCUCUUGAUGGGUCGCUGGGGCAAUGUCAAUCAGGGUGAUUGCUUUGUGCUCGCCUCGGAUGAUCUGAACUGCUUGGUGCAUAUUAUCGAACUGGGCAACGGAUUGUGCACAUUUCAGAUGCGGGGCUUGGAAUUCCGUGGCACAUAUUGCCAGCAACGCGAAGUUGAGGCCAUUACCGAGGAUGUGGAAGAUAAUGAUGGUUGCUGCUGCUGUGAUCCUGGGCAUUUGCCUCGUCUAUUGAGCGCCAAUGCCAUGUUCUCCACACGUUGGCUAGCCUGGCAGGUGGUUGCCGCUCAAUAUGUGAUCGAAGGCUAUUCCAUAUCCGAUAAUUUGGCCAGUGCCACCUUGCAGGUGUUUGAGUAUCGCAAGGUCCUAAUUACCUAUUACAUUAAGAGCAUCAUAUACUAUGUGGUGAGAAAUCCGAAAUUGGAACAAUGGCUGGCAUCGGGACCCAUACAGGAUGCAUUGCAGCAUACAUUGGGACGUCAAUUUGUUGAUUUGGAUCCAAUAUUCAAUUUCAAUUUGGAUGAAGAUUUCGAUUUUCGUGCUGUGGGUAUAACCCGUUCGAGUUUUUGCUAUGUCUACCUAAAAUGGAUUAAUUUCUGUGUGGAAAGACGUAAUAUCAAUGCGACCAAAGAGCCACCACCGACCACUCCGGCCUCGGCACCGGCCUCGGUUAGUAUGUCGGCACCGCCACCGUCCAGCACGACUCCUGCGCAUAAUGAUUCAAAGAGUACACCCAAUUUAUCGGCUCAUGGCAAUAGCAAUGCUAAUGCCCAGGCGAAAUCCCAAUCUCAGCAACAGCUGAGAAGCGGCCGGCCCCAGAAGAGUGCAACCAAUCAAGAAGCGGGAGGCAUGUGCAGUAAUGGCGGUGGCGCUAGCGGCGGCGGCGUUGGUGGUGGAGUCGGUGGUGUUGAUCAGUUGAGCAGUUCGCAUAGCUUUGCCAACAUCUCACGCCAGACCUCGGAAAGUGCCCCCGGCCUGGGUGGCUAUGUCACCUAUAUGGAUCAGAACGUUUUUGCGAAAUUGGCCAAAACGACAGCUACAGGAACUUCCGCAUCGACUGCAAAUGCCGCUGGAAAAAUGCUACGCAAGGAGGACUCACCACGCAGCACACUCCAUCAGCAGCAGCAGCAGCAACAACAUCAACAGUUUUCGGCACAACAACAAAUGCAGCAAGGAUGCUCCAUGCCAUCGUCGACCCAAAAGCCGGCUCUCAAACUGAAGCUAAACACUGUGGAAAAGGAAGACCCACUGGUUUCGCUAUGCCUGGCUCUGGGCCUGCUGGCGCGUCGUUCUUUGGCCACUGCAUCGCACAGCUCACUGACUGGCGUUGAGUUCUUUCUCCAUGGCCUGCAUGCUCUCUUCAAGGGCGAUUUCCGUAUUACUUCUCCACGCGACGAAUGGGUCUUUGCCGACAUGGAACUGCUUCAUUCGGUGGUGGCUCCGGCUGUCAAAAUGGCUCUGAAACUUCAGCAAGAUCAUAUUACAAAUCCAGAUGAAUUCCUAGACCCAUUGGCCCUUUACGAUGCCAUUGAUAAUUGCUCCAAGGAGCUGGUUAUCUCCCAUGAAGCGGAUCCUGUGUGGCGCAGUGCCGUUCUGCGCGGGGCCCCCAAUCUUCUAGCCCUACGACACGUCAUGGAGGAUGGCUCCGAUGAAUAUCGCAUUAUUAGGCUAACGAAACGAUUCCUCAGCUUUCGUGUGAUCAAAUUGAAUCGUGAAUGUGUCCGCGGCUUGUGGGCCGGCCAGCAGCAGGAAUUGAUCUAUCUGCGUAAUCGUAAUCCGGAACGCGGUAGUAUCCAAAAUGCCAAACAGGCCUUGCGCAACAUCAUCAACUCCAGCUGUGAUCAGCCCAUUGGUUAUCCCAUCUAUGUAUCGCCGCUAACUACCUCCUAUGCGGACACCAAUGGCCAGCUGUGUCAGAUCAUUGGCGGUGCCAUCACCCUGGAGACCAUUAGGCAAACACUGCUGCACUGGUGGCAUCGCAUACGGGAGAGAUGUCGCCAGGGCUGCAGUUCGGGAUCAACCAUGGAACAGCAGCAGCAGCAGCAAUCUACCAUUCAACUGGGCAGUGGCAGCGGAACAAGUGCUCUGGCUGUAGGUGCCUCGGCGGGAUCGGGUCUGGGUUUGGCUAGCAGCACAGGCGGCGAUUCUGUCAGCGGCGGUGUCGAGCCAUUGGCUCCUGUUUUCAUCUCGGCUCCCCUCUACAACACGCUGACCGUGAAUACCUAUUUUGGCAUGAGAUCGGGCAAUGUGACGGGUGGCAAUCUCGGUGGCAAUCUAACUGGUAGCUAUGUUAGCGACAGUCUAGCUGUGGUACGUGGCGGUUUGGCCGUGAUGCCGGUGAAGCCAACAUCUACAACUCUGAUUGCAGGUCUGCUCAAUCGAGAGCGAGACCAAGAUCAAUUACCACCGCCAUCAUCAGUUGCAGCAUCAGGCUCGGCAGUGGGUCUACGGGGCAAUAGCAGUGGACCGCGUGGCCGUAGUCAGCUGCAGAUGAGUAGCAGCAACAGCAAUAGCAGCAGUUGUCGGGCUCGGGAUCACGAGAGACGUGCCACAUUGCCCAUAGCCAGUGGAGGAAGCAGUGGCGCUGGUGUAGGAGUUGGAGGUGGAGGUGGAGGUGGUGAUGCGGGGGUCAAGGAGACCCUACCACAAAUAGGAGGAGGCCGAGCCGAUCUAGUCGAACAUGAGCCAAGUCCGCGAAGUGGCAAAUUGUCCUCAUCAUCGGGUAGUUUGGGUGUGGGUAUUGGCAGCAUUAUUACCACACCAGGAGAUUAUCCACGCAAGACCAAAGGACCCAUAUGUCUAACAUCGGCUACUUUGGGAACAAAUGAGACGAUAUCAACACCACCAGCGGCAGCACCACCACCACCAUCGUCGUCAUCAUCAACAACGACAACAACAACAACAACAACAACAACGCCAAAGAAACCUCGCAUUGACAUCUUUAAGAAGGUCAUCAUAGUGGACGACACGGGCAUCUACGAUUGCCUGGACAUAAUCGAUGCUGUAGUCUGGCCCAGCGAUCGCAUGCGUCGCAACGGCGGCCGUCUGUCUUGGAAAGACUGGGAACCUAGUGCUGGCAUGGUCGGCCAUGUGGUUCAUUAUUGGUUGCCCAAUCACAAAGAUAUACGCUUUCGCUCCCACAUCAAUCGCUGUUUGUAUCUGAUCGAGAUUGGUGAUCAUUAUGUGCCCGUUGAGGAUCUAGGUUUGCGCGAAUACAAUCAAAUUAUGGGCAGCUCCGAAGAGAUGGCCAGCUCCAGACGUAGCUCCAUUCAGCGUGAAUUCCAUGAGUACAAUAUGCAACUGAAAUUGGCCGGUCUGACGCCCAUCAUCGGUGAAGAUGGCUCCACUGCCACUGCUGGCAAGUCCAUCACAACGACCACCAGCAGUAACAAUUCCAAAAUACGUGCAGUCAGCAGCAGCAGCUCCGAAGACGAUGAGGAGGAGGAGGAUGGCGCACAGCCGACGUCUCAGCCUCCUCCGCCCCCGGGCAUAGAUUUAAUGAAUUUCAACACCUUGCUCAGCAUGUGGAAACUAAUAGCGGAUAAAAAGAAACAGGCGGCAGCUGCAGCAGCGGCAGCCCAUGUAGAUGGCAGUAGCGAUGAUUCCACUCCAGCAAUAGAUCAAUCGAUAGUCGAUGCCUUCGAGGGAUUUGAUUAUGUGGGUGAUUUGCCGCCAGAGCUGCUGCAGCAAUUAGAUGAGGCAGCGGCAGCAGCAGCAGCGGCUCAAAAAGAUGAACAAUCGGAACUAAACAUGGACGAAGAAACGGUCAUUGGUCAAAUGGAAUCUCCAGUCACUGAUGUUCAGAUUGAAGUGGAAAAUCAGCCAAUGGCGGAAGUCGAAAAACCAUCAAUAGUCGAGUCAAAAGAAGCUCUGGUCGUGGAGGAUGAUGCUCCACAAGAUAUUGGGGCAACUGAAGCAAUAACAGUCGAAAGUGAAGUAAUAACCCCAUCCGUGACUCCUCCAACUGCAACAGAUGCGAGUCCGGACAAUGAGGAGAAACAGCUGAAGACAGAUGAAGCACCAACGGAUCACAGUGAUGGCACGACAGUAUAGGAUGUAUAAAUAUAUGUAUUUAUCCAGAAUUUGCAUUAACAAUUUUCUGCCAAGCCAAGUCAUGCCAAACCGACUCACACACGCUCCCAUGCCCACAUCCUCAUUUACACACACACAUGUAAUACAUAUCAGUACAAGAAGAAGAGACAAAAAAAGCAAAAAUGUAGAGAAAGCGAUUUUUUUUUUGCAUGUGUGU